UGCGGAAGUCGGUGCUCAGAUCCGGCGCUAAAAGUUCGGGCACAGGGAGGGGCCCGCGUUGGAGCUCGGUUUCUCAGAUUCGGGCUGCGCGGUUGUGCCUAGUGAAUUUCCCAGCGGCUUGCCGAAAUAGGGGGCUGCGGGCGGUCCUGGCGGUUUUGGCGGUCCUGGCAGUUUUGGCGGUUUUGCCAGCUUUGUCCCGAAACGAGGCGCCAGUUCUUCCCAGCGUUUGGGUGGGGCCUGGUGUAACUUUUGGUCCGGCCUUUGUGCCUGCGGACGUAUGGGGCUGAGACGAGACGUAGGAUCAGCGGGACGGCUGGCGGGCGCAGCGAUAUGGCAGGACCAGCGAGGAUGCAAAGUAAGCGAAGAGUCGGCCCGGGAACAGGGAAGGUGGCCAGCGAUCAAAAGUAGACUACAGAGGUCAGAAAGAAGAGAGUGUUUUUUUUUUUGUUUUUCGAGGGGGCACCCAGAAAGUCCAGCGAAAGAGGAAGAAAAGCCUGGCUCAAAAAGGGCACGAGGCGCGCGUGCCGGCUCGGCUCUAUGUGCCUGGUGCUGCGCGCCAGCUGGAGAUGGAAGCGCACUGCAUACAGACACACCUGUUUGUGCGCACCUUGGGCAAACACGGCCGGCACCAAGACAGCGCCAUUUGAGGAGGCUGGAAGUGGCCCCGGCAGGCUUGGCGCGUUGGGCCGCCUGGGCCCACACCACUGGGGCGAGCAGAUGGUUUUCAUGUGCCGGGUGAAUGAUUUUUUUUUUUGGGCUUCUCCGUUCUCUAUCCACGAUCUUGUUUUGCGGUAUGUGGAGGUAUUGUCUCGGUUGGUUCGAUUGGUUCGGUUUGUUUUUGUAUUGAAGUGUAUUGUAUUGUAUUGUGUUGAAUUGUAUUG